UCAUUGUCCGCAAUAAAGUUACGCAAUGCCAGUUCUAAAUGGAAGCAAUCCUCAUAAAAGUCAUAAACAAACCAUUUCACGCAAUUGAGCUCAGCGUGCGAAAACACAAACAAAACAGUGUAAUCGUGGGAGCACUUUCGUACUCAGUUUAGUACAGUUUCGAGACAAUGUCGGUUCUUGCGUUACUUUCUUUGCUUCUAUUGUGCGCCGCUCAUCCGCGACAGAAUUUCCGAUGUCUUUAUUAUAAAGGCGAAUGUGUACCCCACUGUCCACGCAACAUGCACCCGUAUCACACGCGCUGUGAUCAGGAUGCGGUGUCGCAGCGCACUUGCACUUCCAGAUACGUCUAUCCAAUAGGGUUCACAUGCGGCUGGUCGCGCUGCGACUGCAACGCUGAUCUACUUCUGGACGAGGAGCUCAUGCGCUGUGUUAAGGAAGAGGAGUGCCAAGAGCCGGGUCUGCGGCGGCGUAAGUCCCGGCGUCGGCUGCACUUGCCUGAGGGCACGGACAGCGAGGAAAUGGUUAACUUUGGAUGAGGAUCUAAUGUUUUUUUUUGAAAAUAUGAUUGUCAAUAAAAAAACUAAUUUAU